AGGUAUGACCCAGAUGCAGACAGUGUUGAAGAAACAAAACAGUUUAUUUCUAGUACAGGGGCAGGCAAACGACAUGUCAAAGGCAGGCAGGGGUAAAGGGUCCAGAACGGCAGGCAGUUUCAGGUUCAGGGCAGGCAGGGGUAAAGGGUCCAGAACGGCAGGCAGUUUCAGGUUCAGGGCAGGCAGGGGUAAAGGGUCCAGAACGGCAGGCAGUUUCAGGUUCAGGGCAGGCAGGGGUAAAGGGUCCAGAACGGCAGGCAGUUUCAGGUUCAGGGCAGGCAGGGGUAAAGGGUCCAGAACGGCAGGCAGUUUCAGGUUCAGGGCAGGCAGGGGUAAAGGGUCCAGAACGGCAGGCAGUUUCAGGUUCAGGGCAGGCAGGGGUAAAGGGUCCAGAACGGCAGGCAGUUUCAGGUUCAGGGCAGGCAGGGGUAAAGGGUCCAGAACGGCAGGCAGUUUCAGGUUCAGGGCAGGCAGGGGUAAAGGGUCCAGAACGGCAGGCAGUUUCAGGUUCAGGGCAGGCAGGGGUAAAGGGUCCAGAACGGCAGGCAGUUUCAGGUUCAGGGCAGGCAGGGGUAAAGGGUCCAGAACGGCAGGCAGUUUCAGGUUCAGGGCAGGCAGGGGUAAAGGGUCCAGAACGGCAGGCAGUUUCAGGUUCAGGGCAGGCAGGGGUAAAGGGUCCAGAACGGCAGGCAGUUUCAGGGUCAGGGCAGGCAGGGGUCAAUUAUACAGUGAGGUGGGCCAAGGAAUGAAAUGGAAGGCAGGCUCAAGGCAGGCAGAAGGGUCAAAAGGACUAGGAUACAGGAGCAAGAAACAGACGGGCGCAAGGGAACCAACGCUGGUAGGUUUCACAAGCAAAACGAACAGGCAACAGUCAAACGGAGAACAUGGGUAUAAAUACACAGGGGAAGAUGGGCGACACCUGGAGGGGGGUGGAAACAAGCACAAAGACAGGUGAAACAUAUCAGGGUGU